UCGACUGUAACUUGGAGAAAAUAAUGGAAUCAGGGACCUUUUAUGUAUGCAGAAAUAUUAAUAAUAGAUCGAGACCUCCAACACAGAGUCGCAGCAAGGAUGAAGGAAAUGAUCGAAAGCAAAGAGGAAGCAGGUGUUUGGUGUUGAUGACAGUGUGUCUCGGGCUCAUGUGUGUUCUUCUGCUGGUCUUCAUCACACUGUACAUCACCAUCACAGCAGAGAGAGACCUGUUAAAGAGUUACAAGAACACAGUUGAAGAGUUCAAUCACACUAUCAACAGCUUACAGGACAAUUACACUGAUCUAAUGACUGAAAAAGACCAACUGAAGAACAACUUCAGCACUUUGAGUCAGAAGAAACUGGAGUUAGAGACCAGAGUCAAUGAUCUCACUGCUGAGAAAAGUCAGUUACAGGGAAGUUUUAACUCUUUGAAUCAGACGAAACUGGAGUUAGAGACCAGAGUCACAUCUUUGAGUGAAGAACUAGAGAAGGAAAAAUCUAAACAAGGAAAUCUGUGUGGGCCUGAAUGUUUGUUCAUAUCCAGUGAGUCGAUGAGCUGGUCUGAGAGCAGGCAGUUCUGCAGAGAUCGAGGAGCUGAUCUGGUCAUUAUCAACACUGAAGAGAAGCAGAGGCACUUAACUUCAUUCAUCAAGGAGAGUGUGUGGAUUGGUUUGUCUGACAUUGAGAACGAGGGGAUCAUGAAAUGGGUGGAUAAUUCAACACUGAAACAAGGGUUUUGGUAUGAAGAAGAGCCAAAUAAUGCCGGUGGAGGCGAGGACUGUGUUGAACUGAUGCCUUCAGACUCCAUCCAGAACUGGAAUGAUCUCUCAUGCUCUGAGAAGAGGAAAGGGGUUUGUGAGAAAUAGGGUUCAUCCUGUAUUGUCAUGUUAAUUGUAUUAUU